AAAAAGAAAAAAAAAGAAAAAAAUUCAGAGACUACUAGUUAAACAGCUACGGCUUUAUUAAUGAUUUAUUCAACCGCUCGGGUCUUUGUGCAGUAAAAAGUCGACGCGAGAUGAAUAAACGGAUGCGGUGUAACUUUGUUGGCACGCUUUGUAUCCCUCAAGUUAUUCCGUCUUUGUAAGCUCUUCUGCGUCACGUUAAUUCAAAUCAGUUAAACGCCGCCUCAGUUUUAACAGUUAGCUUGGUCACCAAAUUAAAAACACUCCUGUUUGUGCGAUAGUGGAGAGACUCUGGUGCUACGGUUUUGUCUAACUUUAUUCCCGAGGCGGUCGUUGUCUCUCUACAAAGCGAGUCUUGUCACUUUGUUGUGGUCAAGUCAAACUGCACAAUGGCCGCGCAACACCCCUCUGUUUAAUCUGCUAAAAAGUGCUAGCUCAGUCUAUUCUUGUUUAUGUGCGUCAUUUAUUUAAUUUUUUGAGUCGAGAGGGAUGUUUUUAGCUGCAUCGCUUAGCAUAGCACAUAUAUGCUGGGUUUAUGCAGCGCAUGAAAGUUCAUAAAUGGAGCAGAAAUCUGGAAAACAACAAAUUAAAACCAUGGAUUCGGUGGGUAUCUGCACAGCUACAUCUGCAGGAGAUAAUAAACAGCGUACCAACAAUAAGAACAGAGACCGCCACAAACAGCUCCACCUCAGGAAGAAUGCCGUUCAGCCCCUAGCUAUGCAAAAUGAAGAUAAGUGUGGACCAAAAAAGAUAUCAGAGGAGUGGGAGCAGAGCACAGUGCGGCCUUCAUCAAAGAAGCCCUCGCAGGAAGUGCCGCAAAGCCAGUGCGGGACAAAUAACCAUGGGAAUGCGCUCCGGUUCACCUGCUCUCAGUGCAGUGACAAUUUGGAAUAUGUUCCCAAAGACUUAAUGAGACACUUUGAGGAAAAACACAGAGGGAUUACCCCAUUUUUUUCCUGUCAUGUAUGUAGUUUUAGCACAGACAAGUUCUCCUAUCUUCAGGUCCACCUAUUAAGCCACAAAGACACUUUUUCUAGCUGCAGCAUAUGCAAUGAUGACAUUAGACGCACAUGGCCUGAAUUCAGUGCUCACCUGACUGCGUAUCACUGCCCAAACGGCAAAUACUCAUGUGAAAUGUGCCAGAAAUUCUCCACAGGUGAUGUUAGAGUAUUUUUAGAGCAUGUGUACGUACAUAAUUUGGACCUGGAAGGAGCCGAUGAUCUGUUGGUGCACACAAAGGACGUGAAUCAGCUAUCAACUACUCAAAGGUUACACUGUCAUCUCUGUGGCUUUGAGGCAUCUCAGAAAUGGUUGAUAACUAAGCACAUUAAGACUGCCCAUAUGUGCCAGAAUGGCAACCAGAAGAAAAAAAGGAAGGCGGUUCAUUCUCUAGCAAUACAACCAAAUGAUACAAUCCCCAAUGUGAAGCCCAGAACAAGAAGUGUAGUUAGGGAAAUGCGCUGGCUGACGCCGGACUGCCUUUCUCUGCCCGGGAAAGAAUUCUUGGAUAAAUACUGCCAUCUGUCAGAUCCACAAACAACACUAGAGGAGACUCAACAGUUUCUGAUGAAAUCUGUUGCAGGAGAAACUGGUGACCAGAAAUGGACCAAGGCCCUGAAAACUGUUCUGUCAAACAUCCCGCAAGAUAUAAAUCUUCUCCCCAUGCAGGAGAACAGCAUCGUGUCAUCAGAUCUUACUGUUUUGACGCUGAAGAACAAGAUAACUGUAGCUCAGAACGGUGCUUCUUACGGCAAAAGGUUGAAAACGGUGGCAUCGUCAGAUAAGGAAGCUGAAAGUGCUGCUGGCGAUGCUCAGUGCGUGGUCAACCAAAAUGGAUGUCACUCGACUUUGAACGAGUGUGCUCCGUGUAUGCAUGCUGAAAAUAAACUACAUAAUGAUGUCUCGGCAUCAGCCCACACUGAGCCAACGGAGUGCACUCACAUCCAGGAAAACCGAGAGAAUCAGGAACUAAAGAUUGCUCAGGAAACUGAAGAGCAUAUUAAAAAGCUGGAGGGGCCUGUUUAUGGUGAUGGCAAUCAUGUUCCCAGUGAUCUGAAGUUGACAAAGGAGGCUGAGGAGCAAAUGCCCAAAUAUAAAGUCAUGCCAAAAAACAAGAGGAAAUGUCGACGGCGUAAAAGGAAGACCAGGUUUAAAAAAGCAAAUAAAAGGUCACCAGAGCUGUCCUUAAAGAUAGUAUUGAAAAAAAAUCCUGUGAAGGACAAGCAGUGGGUGUCACAAACUUCUUUGUCUCCAUCAGAGGGCAGUGGCCAGCAUGGACUGCAAUAUCCUCAUACGGCAAUGGAGGAGACUGUACAGAUUGUCCAAACCGUGUGCCCAUUAGAAGUACACCAGAAGAAAUGGACCAAAGGUUCAGAGACUGAACUCUAUGACCAAUUUGAAGCCAUUAGCUCAAUUCAGCAAUCAAAGCCAAAAGAGGACUUCACUCCAGGAUGCACUGCAAAACCAACAAGUUCUAGAAAUAUGACUGCAAACACGCCAGAUCUACGUGAAGGUUUGAUUCCGGCACAUCAAGAACUGGAGGGCGAUGCAGAGAAGUUGCUGAACUUCAUGGAAGUUGACAAGAGCAUUUCAGCCCUUUGGAUGAGUCCAACAAAUCCAAAGGCUGGGUCAGUGACUGAAGCAAGCCUUGAGAAUGUAGGGCUUGAGCCAUCGCAGAAUGGCAGUCGCUACCCUGAGUCGAAUGAUGAGAUGAGUUCUGCUGCUGAUGGAGUGACUCCUCAAACUUCCUCUAUUUCCCAACCGGCUCUUCCAACACGAGAUAAGAUGGGUUCCUGCUGUGGCCCAUCUGCAAAGCUGAGUGAUCGGAGCAUUGAAGGGGUGAAAUUUGGAGAAGUGCCUGUAGACUCCUUCACAAACAUCCUCAACAAAAACCAUUCACCUGCUGGUAAAGCCAUCCAAGAAGAGCCCUCAUCAGCCCCUGGCUGUCGGUGGCAGCCCGUCCCAAAAGAUCUGGAGAGGACCUUGAAGUUGGUAGCCUUAAAUCCCUCUCAGCUGGUAAAGCGUCCAACAGGAGACCAGCCUGUUGUAGUGCUAAAUCAUCCCGAUGCUGACAUUCCUGAGGUGGCCAGGAUCAUGGAGGUUGUGAACAGGUACAGAGGAGAUGUGCAGAAGGUCAUACUGUCACGCAGGACUCUGAACGCGCUCUCGGCUUUGAGCAGCGAGCUCCCUGCGGCAGACGACCUAACGGAAGCCGCGUGGAGCGGUAAAAACUCAGUGCAGGAAAGGUUCUCUUUGAAGUUCAAACUUCGCAGGCUGAGCAGGAAAAAGUACGAAAUGGUGGGCGUGAUGUCUCCCAGCAGAGACGUCGUGACGAAGUUUCGCUGCUGGUUUUGCGGCAGGGUCUUCACCAGUCAGGAAAUGUGGCUGGCCCACCGGCAGCGGCACCUGAUGGAGUGGAAUAGGCCAAACUGUGAAAACUCUUAAAUGUCGCACACACUGGAUUUAAAAAAACAAAACAACCCAAAGCAAACUUAAAAUAGUCUGGAAAAAGGUGAAUUUGCAAUAAGAGAACGCAAUAAUGGAAACCAUUUUUAUUUUUACGUCUAAAAGGUUGUUGUUGUUUUUUUCUUCUUUUCUUUGAUAAGAAUCAAGUCAUGCUUCCUGGAGGGUUCACAUUCUCAGGGUAUUUUUACCUAUUGUCUCUCCCAGUCUGAGUAGCUUGAUGCACCUCUUUUUGGAGAUGAGUGAUUAUAUGUAAAGCCACAAGGAAGUGGCGUUGAUAAUUUUGUUCUUUGUUUGUCUUAUUGUCUACGCAAUAGCUUUAUUUAAGGUGACAUAAGUACACUGUUGUAUGAAAUCUUUAUAGAACACUGUAAUAUGUAUAUUUGCCAUACCAUCUGUUUUACGGAUCAGUUUAUGUACGGGUAGGCUAUACAGUGUGGUAGCUGUAAUAUUUAUGUUUUUUGGAAUGGGUCACAGGGACCCACAAGUUACUCGGAUAAACCAAAACUGUGUUUAAAACAAAAAAACAAAAAAACCAAAACCCCAAUAAGCUGUUUUAUGAAACAUUUAUUUAUGAUACUUCGGUUUAGCCUUUAUGUGCUUCCUAUAUGCAUUUCCUCCCCAGGUCAUUAGCAAAAUAAGUGUAUUUGCUUUUUUUUUUUUUUUUUUCCCCCUUUUGUGUAAA